AUGAAUAGUUUAGAAAUUAGAAUGAAGUUUAUUCAAUUAAUGAAGACUUUACAUAAAUGCUCUCUAACUUCACAGGCAUCAAAUAUUUUAAUGUUAAACAAUUAUAAAAACUCUAUUUCUUUAAUCACUGAUUAUAAAAAACAAAAUAAAAACUACGAUAUUUUAACCAAUGAUUUAAAUACUAACAACACAAGUAAUAAUAUAAAUAAUAAUGACCUUCAUUUGCAAUUAUAUUUACGUUAUUAUGAGGAAAAUUAUGAUGAUUUUCAUCAAGUUUUAAUGGACUAUUUAAAGAAAAUUAAUAUUUUAGACAGAUUAGAUGUUUUAAUAUUUUGGACACAAUUAAUUACCCAAUUGAAUUUAAAACAAAGGAGAAACUUAGAUCAUACUGGGAAUAAAGCUUAUAUGGUAUUACAUGACUAUUUGAUUAGAUAUUUACCUCAAGUAUUUUCAUUGGUUUUACAAAUGAAUGCUUUACCGACUAAUGUUUCUAAUUCUACUUCCUCUUUGGCUGUUCCCUCUUCUACUUCUAUUCCCACUUAUUCUUCUUCUUCUUCUUCUUCUACUAUUUCUUCUUCCUCUUCUUCUUCUUCUUCCAAUACUACUACUACUACUACUACUGGCAAUAACAACAAUACUUAUAAUGUUGGUACAAAUAGUGGUACAAAUAGUGGUAAUAGCACAUGGCAAAAUGCCAUUACAAAUUUACCAUUGACUAUAGAGAUAUUUCAAUACAUCUACAAUUUAAUUGUUGAACCGAACAUGAGCUCUGAUAAUAAUAAAACACCAGGAUUGGAUAAAAUUUUAAAAAGUGAAAAGGCUUUUACAGAAUACUUGAAAGAACGUGGUAUUUAUGAAUUGAAUUCAAGGGAAAUUCGGCUAUUAAAAGGUAAAUGUAAUUUAAAUGAACUAAAUUGGGAAAAUAAUUUAUCAACAACGUAUUUGAGCAAGGAAGAAAAAGACCAAGAUUUCCAGGAUCUGGCUUAUUUAAUGAAAUGCUUUGAGAUAAUUUUACAAACAUUGCACUAUAAAUUUUUUUUGCAACAAUAUUUUAUAACAAAUGGUGGAUUUUGUGUGAAUGAGAAUAAUAUAAAUACAGCUCUGACUCAAGAAGAAACAUCAUCCAACGCUUUUGCCAGCACGGCUGGUACUAAUACCAAUAAAAACAUCAAAGUCAGUUCUUUAUUACAUAGGAUGGAGGCUGAUCGUGAAAGACAUAAAAAAUUAAAAGAGCAGAAUUGGUUUGUUCAUAGGGGUGACGAUGACUCGAUGAUUGGCAAAAAUGAAUUUGAAACAUUGUUGAACGUCAACAAUAGUACAAUUGACUACGAUAAAUUAUGUUUUUUACAAAAUCUAUAUUUAUCCUCGACAUGA